UUCAGUAACUUCAGUUUCAACCUUUCUGUCUGUAUUAUAAUUUUUAAAUUCUGACUCUGUCUCUGCUUAUAAAUGCUUCUUGAUACACAACAAAAAAUCCAACACAAACUUGAAAUGGAGAUUAAAGUGGUACAACAAGAAAAAAAAUCACCCCUCUUAGAAGAAAACUUAGAAUUACCACAAGUUGAAAAAAAUAUCAUACAAAAAGCAAUUAGCCAAACAUUUCAAAGCACAUCACACUUAGCCAAUCUUCUACCUACUGGUUCUGUUCUUGCUUUUCAACUUUUGUCACCAAUAUUUACAAAUCAAGGCAAUUGUGACAAAAUUUGUAAAAUUUUAACUAUAGCACUUGUUACACUAUGUGGACUAUCAUGUUUUAUAUUGAGUUUUACUGAUAGUUUUAAAGACAAGAAAGGAAAAAUUAGCUAUGGAUUCGCGACGAUACGAGGUUUAUGGAUAAUUGAUGGAUCAAUAAGAAUUCCAAAUCAAAUUGCAAGGAGAUAUAAGUUGAAAUUUAUUGAUUUCUUGCAUGGUUUUAUGUCAAUGUUGGUUUUUGCUACUAUAGCUUUGUUUGAUCAAAAUGUGGUGAAAUGUUUUUAUCCAAAGCCUUCUGAUGAAAUAGAGGAGUUGCUUGUUGCUUUGCCAAUUGGAGUUGGAGUUAUUUGUAGUAUUUUUUUUGUUGUGUUUCCAACAAAACGACAUGGGAUUGGUUUUCCUCUCACCUCUAAUUAACGUGGUCGGUCAGGAUUCAUAUAAUCGAACUCAACUUGAUUGAGACUAAGAUAUUGUCGUUGUUGUACAAGUCGCGUAUUGCUACUUGAAUGAGGUGGUGGAUGUGUUUUUUGUUGAAAACGUCGCGGAAUUGGUUCUCCCCUUACCUUUUUGUAUGAUAAGUGGAAUUCAUAUAGCAGAUCCCGACUUGUUUGGGACUACAUUGUUAUUGUUGUUGUUGUACUAGUCGCGUAUUUCUUUUUGGAAUAUGACGUGGUGCAUGUUUAUAUAAUCGACUUAAAUUUGUUUGAGACUGAGACAU